UAUUAAAUGUGUGUCGGCACUGGGUAGAACACCACUUCUAUGACUUUGAAAGAGAUGCUGAUCUUCUGCAACGUUUGGAGGAAUUCAUUGGAACAGUAAGAGGCAAAGCGAUGAAGAAAUGGGUCGAAUCGAUCACAAAGAUAAUCAACAGGAAAAAGCAGGCUCAAGCCAUUGGGCCAAGUCACAACAUUACUUUUGAGAGCCCACCUCCGGCGAUUGAAUGGCACAUAAGCAAACCAGGACACACAGAGACUUUUGACUUGCUCACUUUGCAUCCAAUAGAAAUUGCUCGGCAGCUCACUUUACUUGAGUCAGAUUUUUACAGAGCUGUACAGCCAUCUGAACUAGUUGGAAGUGUGUGGACAAAGGAAGAUAAAGAAAUUAAUUCUCCCAACCUUCUCAAAAUGAUAAGGCAUACAACUAACCUCACUUUGUGGUUUGAAAAAUGUAUUGUAGAAACAGAAAACCUAGAGGAAAGAGUAAUUGUAGUGAGCCGGAUAAUUGAGAUCCUGCAAGUUUUUCAAGAGCUAAACAACUUUAAUGGUGUCCUUGAGAUUGUCAGUGCUAUGAACUCCGCAGCGGUGUAUAGAUUGGAUCACACAUUUGAGCAAAUUCCAAGUCGCCAGAAGAAGAUUUUAGAAGAAGCUUAUGAGCUGAGUGAGGAUCAUUAUAAGAAAUACUUGGCAAAACUCAGGUCCAUUAAUCCUCCUUGCGUGCCUUUUUUUGGGAUUUACUUAACAAACAUUUUGAAAACAGAAGAAGGCAACCCUGAAUUUCUAAAGCGACAUGGGAAAGAACUUAUAAACUUCAGCAAGAGAAGAAAGGUAGCUGAAAUAACAGGAGAGAUACAGCAGUACCAGAACCAGCCAUAUUGUUUAAGAGUGGAAUUUGACAUCAGGAGAUUUUUUGAAAACCUGAAUCCGAUGGGAAACAGCAUGGAGACAGAAUUUACAGAUUAUCUGUUCAACAAAUCGCUAGAGAUAGAGCCACGAAAUGUCAAGCCUCCGCCAAGAUUUCCCAAAAAAUACAGCUAUCCUCUCAAGUCCCCCGGCGUUCGUCCUUCUAAUCCAAGGCCAGGUACCAUGAGACAUCCUACACCCCUGCAACAGGAGCCAAGGAAAAUUAGUUACAGCCGCAUCCCGGAGAGCGAGACUGAAACUACAGCAUCUGCACCAAACUCUCCCCGAACACCUUUGACUCCUCCCCCUGCUUCUGCUACUUCCAGUACUACAGAUGCCUGCAGUGUGUUUGACUCAGAUCCUUCAAGUCCUUUUCAUGCAAGAUCUGCUUCUGUGUCAUCCAUAAACUUUACCAAGAACUCAGAUGAAGCUCAUGUCCCCCCUCCAGUUCCUCCACGAAGAAGACCAGAGUCUGCCCCAGCUGAAUCCUCCCCAUCAAAAAUUACUUCUGCACACCUGGACAGCCCACCAGCAAUCCCUCCUAGGCAACCAACCUCUAAAGUGUAUUCACCAAGGUACUCAGUGCCUGACCGGACCUGCAUCUCUGACCCCCCUGAAAGCCCUCCUGUGUUACCACCACGAGAACCUGUGCGAACUCCAGAUGUUUUCUCUAGCUCACCACUACACCUCCAACCUCCACCAUUGGGGAGAAAAAGUGAACUUGGUAACACCUUUUUCCCAAACAGUCCGUCUCCGUUUACUCCCCCUCCCCCUCAGACACCUUCUCCACAUGUAGCACGGAGGCAUCUUCCAUCACCACCUUUGAUACCACAAGAUGUGGACCUGCAUUCUGUUGCUGGACCACCUGUUCCUCCACGACAAAGCACUUCGCAACAUAUCCCAAAGCUUCCUCCAAAAACUUACAAAAGGGAGCACACACACCCAUCGAUGCAUCGAGACGGACCACCGUUGCUGGAGAAUGCCCAUUCCUCCUGAACUAUCCCUUGCGCUGGGAGUCGCAUUUUCCUGGUGCUACGUCUGUUGCUGGCAAUGGAUGCACUGAACCUGGUGGUGCCAAGGAGUUGGGAUGUGUAUGCCAAACACUAAAAACUCUCCAAUAGGUUGGAAAUGCAGUGUACAGAAAUGGAAUUGCAAAAACAGACUUUCUAGUGGAAAAAGCGGUUAACUUGCUAUUCUUGUUUUAGUUUGUGGGACAUUGUUCUAAAGUAAUUGGACAACUUGAUUGUACCAGAAAACAGACUUGAGGGACAUCUUUGGCCAAUGAGCAGAGACUCUGUUUGUGUAAUGAUCAAUAAUGUCCAGUACAGGAAGGAAAACAGUCUUGUAUCCAUCAGUUCCGUACAGUGGCACAGUUUUUGGAAUGAAAACAUUAUGCACUUUUUUUAAAUCUCAAACAGGGAACUUUAUAUCCUUCUUAAUUUUCCUUUGCUUUACUCCCUGCUUUAAAAUACCUUCCUAAAAUGAUGAGGAGGACUGUGAGGAAGAUCUGUGGUACCUAACUGAGCUAGAAUUAAGGCAAAGCACUGUAUUGCGGUCCUGUUUACAAGUUGUUACAAUGAGUAGUAGGGGGUACCUAGGCUUCACCAAAGAGGUACUUUAUUAUUAUUUUCUGAAAUUUUAUGGUGCCAGUUCAAAAAUAAAUUUUUGCCAGGAAGCAUAAUGUCUAAUUAUUGCUUUCUUUAGAUAGAGCAGAUGAAAGUCUUACAUCAUUAAGAUGACAGCAAAUUUCUUUUAAAAAAAAACAGCACUAUCAUCCAAAAUAACUAUACUACUACAUUUAGAAGACUGUUAAUCUCUGCUAGGUUAUGUCACGUUCUUUUUAAGGUUUACUGAUAAUCCAUUUCAUGGCUAGUAGCUAUUCUUUUUUCAGUCAUACCAUGAAAACAGUCACUUGUGAAAAGGAGCACUCACUGGUCAACUUCCAUAGCUGUUGUCAUGUUUUACUAACAAUAGAUUAAUCAGCGUACAUAGAAUUGCCUUGCAGUUGCAUAAAUCGUGUAUAUAGUGAACGUUGCAUAAAUAUCCUUGCAGAUUGUUUUUAAUUUAAUUGAAAUAAAGAUACAGAUAUGUUUGGCUGA